GCCUCUGGGCUCUGACUGCACCUGGUCACACUCGUGGCAGCAAAUAACACAAUUUCGAAAAUUAGAAUUUAUUUGCUGCUCAAUAGCCAAGUCAAUAACACCUGUUCCUUGCAGAUCCAGAAUGUCUGACGUGUUCAUCGUGUCCGCCGCCCGCACGCCCAUUGGUAGCUUCAAUGGAACGCUUUCUAAACUGAAGGCCUCCGACCUGGGCAGCGUGGUAAUCCAGGAGGUGCUCCGGCGGGCGAAUGUGGAGGGCCAGGAGGUCAACGAAGUCAUCUUGGGCCAGGCUCUAAGCGCCGGUCAGGGUCAGAACCCCGCACGUCAGGCUUCACUCAAGGCGGGUCUGCCCAUUCAGGUGCCAGCCUACGGCAUCAACAUGCUCUGUGGUUCCGGUUUAAAAACCGUAGCGCUGGGUUACCAGGCCAUCCGCUCGGGAGACGCACAGAUUGUUGUGGCGGGAGGUCAGGAGAGCAUGUCCCUGGCUCCACACGUCAUGCAUCUGCGGCAAGGCGUCAAAAUGGGUCCGGGCACUAUGGUGGACUCGAUGAUCCACGACGGCCUGACCGAUGCCAUGGAGAACAUACACAUGGGCAUCACCGCCGAGAAUCUGGCCGAUAGGUAUCACAUCAGUCGUGAGGCACAGGAUGCCUAUGCCGUGCUGUCGCAAAAUCGGGCUGAGGAGGCCCAAAAAAAGGGUUACUUCGACAAGGAGAUUGUGCCCGUGGAGAUCAAGGAUCGCAAGGGGACGACCACAUUCAGCAAGGAUGAGUACAUCAAGGCGGGCAGCACCGUCGAGGGUAUACAGAAGCUCAGGGCAGCCUUCAAAGAGGGCGGCUCCAUAACCGCUGGCAAUGCCUCAGGCGUCAACGACUCCGCUGCUGCAGUACUGCUUAUGUCCGGCGAGGAGGUGGCCAGGAAGGGCCUUAAGCCGCUGGCUAGGAUUGUGGGCUGGACUCAGAGUGGCAUUGAGCCAAAGGUGAUGGGACUGGGACCAGUCACUGCUGUGGAAGCAUUGCUUAAAAAGAUCAACUGGAAGCGCGAGGAAGUGGAUCUUUACGAGCUGAACGAAGCAUUCGCCGCCCAAUCACUGGCUGUCCUGCAGGACCUGCAGCUGGAUGCUCAGAAAGUAAAUGUCAAUGGCGGUGCCAUUGCCCUGGGCCACCCGAUCGGAGCUUCAGGUGCCCGAGUCUUGGUCACUUUGCUCUAUGCGCUGGAGCGCACCGGUGGAAGUAGGGGAAUCGCAUCGCUCUGCAUCGGCGGCGGCAUGGGAAUCGCCCUGGCCGUGGAGCGCCUCAGCUAGUCUCAAUUCAUUGUCAUGCAAGCUAUUUAUUGCCUUUUCCUGUUUCCCACUUAAGUGUAAAGUUUAUUUCUCUAUUCGCGUAGUAUUCGCACGUACUUAAAGACACAACCCCUAAGUCGCAAAAGUCUGUUCAAUUAAAAUUCACUUGAAAAUA